AUGGCUCCUCUGGAAGAACACGAAGUCACGUACGGCGACAACAAGAAGAUUUUCUACCAUGCUUCCGGUCCUUCCGACGGCCCUCUUCUGAUCUUUGUCCACGGCUGGCCAGCCAUUGGCAAGCUAUGGAAACCACAGAUGGAUGCUUUCGCCGCCAUGGGCUUCCGAUGUGUUGCUCCUGACAUGCCAGGCUACGGCAAGUCUACAGCUCGCAAAGUCAUCGAAGACUACGCCCAAGAACAGAUCAACAUUGGCAUGCUCGCAUUGCUGAAGGACACAGGCCGCGACAAGGCUGUCUGGAUCGCAGCCGGUCUCUGUGUUCCCUACGGCAUGAUCGAACUGGGUCUGGAAGAGAUCCUCAAAACCGUUGACCGUAACAUCUACCCCGAAGACGAGUACCCAUACGGCCAAUGGGCUUACCAGAAGUUCUACGAGACCGACUUCGAGAAAGCAUCUGCUUUUUUCGAUGCCGACAUUCCAGCCUUCUUGCGUGCUUCCCGCGUCAAGGGCAACCCGGCGAGUGUUGGAAAGCCCGGCGCAUUGGCACAAGUCAUCAAGGACGGCGGCUGGAUGGGCGGCGCCGAGAAGCCGGAUCCCAAGUACAGGCACAUCCCGCUCGAGUACACCGUCUACGAUUCCGAGGACACAUUCAACGAAUUUGUCGCUGCGAUGGAGAAGACCGGUUUCUGGGCCCCUGAUGCUUGGUACAUGAACCACAGCCGCAACCGCGCUUACACUCUGAAGAACAGGAAGAACGAUGGCAACCUUGAGUUCCCGGUGUUGUUUGUAAAUCAUGGCAAACAUGCGGCAGCAGUGCAAGAACCUGAAGGAAGCCAAGGUCGACGCCUCCCACUGGGUAGCAGAGGAGAAGCCCACCGAAGUGAACGCCAUCAUCGCCAAAUGGCUGCUCGAGGAGGUCAAUGGAAUUUGGCCCGCCCAGUGGGCCGGCAAAGGUUCACACCUCCACCAACUCCUCCCCAGCAGCCCUCACCUCCCCCUCAGCCCCUGCCUCCAAUUCCACCUCCGGCAAAUGGCGUUGUAAAUAUCCGUCAAGCGAUUGACUCUCGGCAACCCACCGGCUUCGACCCGUCGAGUCAGAGCUUCGAGGCUGUUGCGGGUUUUGUUCGGUUUGGCGCCGAAGGACUUGUAGGCUUCGCGCCAGGCGGCGAUGUGUGGGAGGCGGGCGCGGGCGCUGGUUUCGGCUUCCAGGAGCAGAGAUUCGCUUGUGUUGUCGGAGGCGCUGGGGAUCAGGUUGUCGAUCGUUAUGAGCAGGGCGCGGUGGUUGUGGUGGAUUGGAUUGGACUUUGGGGAGAUGGCUAUUCUCUACGCGUUGGACUUCAUCUAUUGUUCUUAUACGUUUAUGUACCAUUUAAGAGACUUCAUCAAACCUUCCUGUUGUUUCGAUGUGUAGUCGGAGGGCCACUCGAGUCUCGAUCACUCGGAGUCCGCGGGCCCGCUCUCUUUCGUCUUCACUUUUCUCCGUUUUCCAAUGCCUCAUCACAUCUGCUUGCAGUCGAACUUGCAUCUGGAUAG